CCUGUCUCAGUCUGGUCAAAACCACUUUUUAUUUCACGGUCGGAGUCUGAAACGGGGCAGUAAUGCCAAUAACUGGAACAACACUUAAUUCCUGCAGGAGGAACGACGGGAUCCACUGGGCAAACGGGACCACGGAGAACGAAGUGACACAUAAACAAACAGCUGGAGAGAAGAUGAACGGCAUGCGUGCCACAGUAUUAGCGAGGCUGAGAGGCCUCUCCGCGCUGGCUGUGACGCUCCUGAUCCUGGCGGACGUAAACGGGUGUGCGGGCUGCAGGACCGGCUUGCUGUCCGAGUGCGAGGAAGCCCCCUUCGUGCCGGGCUACAACCUGGCGGGCGAGGGCUUCGACGUGGUCACCAUGCAGCGCAAAGGCGCCUACGUGAUCGACGUCAAGUCCUACCUCACCCACAGCAACACCUGCACGCUGUGCCAGAACCCCUUCCAGGGCGGGCAGGCGCAGAAGAUACCCGUGUCCGUGCUGGACUGGAGGACCGCCAGCCUCUGCAAGAAGCAGCUGUCCAGCGCCCUGCACCACUCCGUGGACUCCCUGGUGCGGAGCUCGGCCUCCCUGCUCAACAUCGACUGGGCCAUGGGCCUCAACCUGGAUGAGACGGGCACGGCGGUACUUACGGGCAGUCGUUCAGAGGUCGCCCAGUUUGCCAGAUCCCAGUUUAGCCUGGACAAGGCGACGUUCGCCACCCACGAGAUCAGCUGCACGCACUACGGGUACAGACUGGCUGACCAUCCAACACUCAGUGGGGAAUUCUCUAAAUAUCUUCAGAGAUUGCCCCCGAAGUACGACCGCCAAACACGCUACCUGUACCGGCGGAUGAUUGACACGUACGGGACCCAUUUCAUCCGGCAGGUGCGCCUGGGCGGCAGGGUGAGGCGGAUCACGGCGUUCCGCACCUGUCUCGCGACGCUGCAGGGCUUCUCUGAGAGGGAAAUCCAGAAGUGCUUGGACGUGGAGAUGAAGAUUGCACUGGGGUUCCUUCCGGUCAAUGUGUCCUUCACCCACAAGUGCAGCAGCAUUCUCAAGGACAACAUGACGGUGGGUUUCUACCAGGGGUUCAUGACUCACAAGAUUGAGGUCAUGGGGGGAGAGAAGUACUUCCCGGACGUCCUGUUCAACGAGAACCCCUCGUCCGCCUACAGCAGCUGGAUGGCCAGCUUAAACGACAGCCCCGACGUGAUCUCCUACUCCAUCUUUCCCCUCCACAACCUGGUCAGUGACUCGCAGGUGAGCGACAACCUAAGAAAAGCGGUUUUGGAGUACAUAGAGGAGAACAAGCUUGAGAUGGCCAACAGGGAAGCCAACACCUGUGCCCCUGCCCCCAACCUGGACCACAACUGCUGUCCGUUGCGUGCCGGUCUGGGCCAUUUGUGGGUGGCGGUGAAGAAAGCCGCCAACUUGAAGCCGGAUUACUUUUCCCAGGCUGACGGCUUCGUGAAGGUGUGGUACAACGGACAGUACGAACAGACGGAUGCGAUCGCCAACGACAACCAUCCUGUUUGGAAUGCGGUUUAUGAUUUUGGCACGGUGGAGCUGGGUCAUCAAAUAAUGUUUGAGGUCUGGGAGGACGAUACGUUUUUCGAUGACUUCCUGGGUCAAUGCAAAAUCUACCCCGAAAGAGGUCUUCACUCGUAUAGCUGCCAACUAAAUACAGGAGUCUUCUAUUUCACCUAUAGGGUCACAUGUGAUGUGCAUCUGACUGGUUACAGGUGUGGAAGAUACUCCCCGGGCAAUUAAGAGAUACCAUUUACCUCUGAACAUUUCAGAAUCCAAGGCUAGCUUUGUGAAAGUCCUUGGUUAUGGGACAAUUUCUGAUGUCCUUUUUGUUCGCUCUUUUAUGUCAAUAUGCACACAUUAUUUUCAAUUCAACAAUUACUUGAUAGUCAUAUUUCUUCAACUGUACAAUAUGUUUCUGUUUGACAGUACAUUUACAGGACAAAUAAGCAAGUCACACAACCUUGCAAUGUACUACGCAGCUUUCUCUUUUAACUGUGAAAAUACUCAUAUUGCCUAAUUAUAUUGGUCAAUGGACAUUUCACUUACAGCAACUCCAAACAACAAUACAUUGCAAGUAAAGCAGGUGAAGAUUAAUUCUAUUCACAAAUAAAUGAAACAUGUACUGCCUAUUAUGUGUGUAGUUCAUUCCCCACUGAAAGAUGGUAUAUUGGACCUUCUGCAAAGGAUGCCCUGAUGUUUUCUUGCUCAAAGGAAAGACUGAAGAAACUUCCACUUCUAGCUCCAAGAAGGAACAUUUAAGGGGUUGGAAUGUCCUUAAAGAUGACGGACCUCGGCCAAUUUACAGGUCAGGAGCAAAGGAAGGAAAAAAUAGGAGAAAAAUAAGUGACUGGAAUGAGCCCUAAAUGUGUUCCAUUUCCUGAUGCAGAACAGGAAUCUCAGCCGUGCACUUGAUUUGUCAUAUUAAGGGGAUGUCAGUAACACUUCCUGGUUCUUUAAAAAAGCUAUCGGACUAUAACACCUUCACAACUACUACAUUGCUAUCCAAAAAUAUUUGUCAAUAAAUACCAAUAGGCUUAUGGUGUGUGUCAUAUAGCUAGCAUAGCAUGGCAAUGACACAUUCUUCCACAGUGGUGAAAGGCCUAGUUGAUGUAAUUCAGAUGAACAUUUAUGUAUUAUUAUGUAUGCUUAGUCACGAAUGCACAUGUGAAGCAACAAUUUUGAUGUGGAGGUUAAUACCACAACUUUAUCAUAUCUUUAUCGUAUCCUACUAUGAACCAGGAAACCUGUAAACUGUUAUAAUGAACUUCAAAACAAUUAUAUUUAUUCUUACACAAAACAUUUGACAAAAUGAGUAACCAGGAGACUAAUUUAAAGCAAAACUCCAAUAUGUUUGAAGCCAUUUUUUAGAGACAUAAUAGUUUGCUGUGAUUAGUUUCUUCACAAGAGCUGCCUUUUGUUUUCCGAUGUUAUGUACAGUGGAUCAUGUUGUGAGAUCUUUGCUGUCACUGCAGCUCUUGAAACAGUAGGUUUGGAGACACAGAUUGUAGAUAACUUCUGCAAUUAAACGGUUUACCUAUUUGCUUUUGCAGUUUUGAAUCACUGAACUUGCUGUUUCAAGGCCCCUGUUCAUUUUAACAGCAAUGGAUAAGCAUCCCAGCAGGCUUCCGGGUGUGAAGUUGAGUAAGCAGAUACCACAGUAGAUAAGAUUACUGGCAUAUAUCAUUACACAUAAGCCUCCUUCUUUGCUUCUCACCAAAGGAGAUAGAGAAGUGAAGAUUCAGGUAAUUUCAUGUCAGCCAAUUGUUUCUCAAACUUAAAAGUCAUGCUUCCAAUUCAGUUUUGUUUAUUAGAAUUGCCUUGAUGAUUAAAUUGAACCUAUUCUAUUUUUUCAGUUGCGUUUAUAUCUUCUCUAGGAGCAAAAAGGUUUUAAAGAUAGUACUCUGGUGACUGUAGCACAAUGUAAAUGCUAUGUUGCUGUUUAUUGUAUAUGAGAUAUUCACUGUUGCUUUUUCAGUUUAUUUGUAUUAUUGAAACCUGUUUUUUAAUAUACAAGCACAGUUUUUCAAUAUACAGUUAAAUGCAAAAGUAUUGGGACAGUGACCCAUUUUUUCAUACUGUU